AAGAACAAGAACAAGAACAAGAACAAGAAGAAGAUGACAAGCGAGAGAGAAGUAGCGAAGGUGCAGAGAGAGAAGCUAGCGGCAUGCAUGACUUGUCCUCUAUGCAAUAAGCUUUUCAUUGACGCCACCACCAUAUCUGAGUGCCUCCACACCUUUUGCAGGGGAUGCAUAUAUGAGAAGUUAACAGAUGAGGAAGUGAACUCCUGUCCAGUGUGCAAUAUAGAUUUAGGUUGCUCUCCACUAGAGAAACUAAGGACGGACCACAAUGUGCAAGAUUUAAGGGCUAAACUCUUCCCUUUAAAAAUAAAAAAGGCCGUGGCACCUGAAGCUGUGCCCUUAGUUCCAUUGCUAGGCAAAAGGAAAGAGAGAUCUCUGUCUUCAUUGGGGGUCAGUACACCAAGUUUAUCAGCCCAGUCUGGUCUGAUUGGAAGAAGAAUGAAAAGUGCUGCAAGAAAGCGUCAUUCUCUACAAGAAUCCACUCAUUCUGUUGACAGGCCUGUUAACGAAGUGGAAGAUGAUAAGACAAUGGAGGAUUCCCCUAAUUCUUCUAAUACUGAGUCUAAGCAACACAUGUCUAAUAAAGAUACAGAGGACCAUGCUAAACCAUGUGAAGGGAAAACUGACAUGUGGAAACCCUUGAAUGACCUGGUGGAAGCUGCAAGCAAAACAAGGCCUAGUAAGUUGACCAGGCAUGGGCCCAUGGACAAGCCAGUGCUGUCUGAUGGCCAUGACAAUGAAGCGCAUGUACCUAAAACCAAAAUUAAGGCACAUGGUAAUAAAUUAAAAGGCCAUGGAGAUGAAAAUGGCUCGACUCCUACACCAUCAGGUUCAAGGAAACCUAGAAAGGUGCAAGGUGUUCGACAAAGAAGAGCUGUCUCUAAGGGAUUGAAGUUGCCAGCACAAGCCAUGCUUAAAGCAAAUAGUAAACGUGACAGAAGAUUUAGUCCAAUUUGGUUCUCAUUAGUCACUUCUAAUGAUCAGGGACAAGAUGCACCGUUGCCACAGAUAUCCUCUUGCUACUUGAGGGUUAAGGAUGGUAGUUUACCCGUUUCAUUUAUCAAAAAGUAUCUUGCGCAAAAACUGCAUCUUGCUAGUGAGGCUGAGGUGGAGAUCUUGCUGCGGGGUCAGCCUGUGAAUUCUACACUGCAACUUCACAACUUGGUAGAUUUAUGGUUGCAGACAGCACCAUCAUCAGAAGGAAUAAAUACAUCUGUGGGCAGCUCUGCGAAGAAUUUUGUGAUGGUUCUGUCUUAUUGUCGAAAGGCCCAGCUAAAAUGAACAUGUUUCAAUGAUGCUUAGAGUCAGCUGUAUCCCAACAAUUAUCUCAGCCAAGGCAAUCUGAGGCAGCACAAAUCUUCCCAGCAUGCAUUUGCAUGGAAAAUCUUAAAUUCCCCUAUGUUUUAUUGCGUUCAGGCAUGCAUAUACAUGCUAUGUGGAUAUAUAUGCGCUUUCACUAUAGGAGUUUUUCUUGCUUUAUAAAACUUGCUCAUACUUAAAUGAAGUAAUAUAAGAUGUGAUGCUAGCUUAAA